AUGGGUUCAAACACCGCCGACAGCUUCGACGUCCAUGGGCCGAAGCAUAUCACGGACCUCAACAAGAUUGACUGGGACAACGAGGAGCACCGCCGCUGCAUCGCCGCCUGCCUCGUCAAAGGCGUUUACGUCCACGAGAACGACAGAGCGGAGCGCAGGGCGGUUAAGCUGGCGCCGGCGUGGUGGGAAAGCUUUGGCUUCCACCUAAAGAAAGAACUCAGAGAGCCGAUAUACUCCAUCGUCGGUGUUAUAUUCGACACCAUCUACGGUGCCAUCUUCGAGUACAGCCCCAGCGCGCCCCGCGACCGGUGCGCUCCGCCUCCACGGUAUGUCGUCGCCUUCAGGGGCACAAAGCCGGGGAGUAUUCGAGACUACUACCUCGACUUGAAAAUAGUGGUCAACAAACUGGAGAAACGCACGCGCGUCCAGCAACCGUGCCGGUUGGUCGACCAACUUAUGACUGAUAUGAGAAAGGAGGACGAAGCAAGCCAAGGCCAAGACAGCUGCAUCUGGCUCGCCGGACACUCCCUCGGAGCGGCUGUGGCGCUGGUCGUGGGACGGUACAUGAUGGUGCAGGAGAAGCCGCCCAACCUCCGGACCUUCCUCUUCAAUCCACCGCACGUCUCAUUUAUAACGUCGAUCAACUUGCUGAAGCUGGAUCCGGUGGCGAAGGAGAGCGUGCACCGGGUGGGUAACUUCUUAAGGAAGGGUGCUGCAAAGGUCUUGCACUCCCAUCGGGAGCACAUGAACAACUUGUUCCAGCAGCUUUCCCCUUGGGUGCCGAAUCUGUACGUGCACGAGAAGGACCCCAUCUGCCAGGGGUUCAUCGACUACUUCGAGCAGCGGCAGAAGUUCAUGGAAGGCUCCCCCCGUGUUGACACAACGUUCGCGGCAUUCUCUCUCCGUGACGCGUUCUGGUGGCACCCUAUUGGCAAGAACAAGGACCGGCCGCAACUCCUGCCAUCGGCGACGCUGUGGAAAAGCUGUCUCGACCACGAGCUGCACGAUCCGCACGGUCUCCAGCAGUGGUGGAAACCGGACAGCGAGCUCCGCUUGGAAGCCAAGCAUUAUAGCUACCCUGUACCUCAAGCACAAACUACUUCUACCUCAUCCGCACGGUCUCCAGCAGUGCCGGCUUAG